GUCUGUGUGUCACUCUCCUGCUCUCUUGAACCCGAGGUCAUGGAGCUAUCCACGGUGGGAUUGUUUGUUGUGGUUACCCUGCUGAUUACUGGGUCCAAUGGGACAGUCUGCUACGCUGCUGUGGAAUCACUGGACUUAAGAUGCCUCCUGCAGUGGGAUUGUCCCCAUGCCAGCCCUAAUACCACCUAUACAGUGCAGACAAAGACGCAGGGGGACCCCUGGCAGGAAGUACCGUGGUGCGUUUGGAUCUCGUCCCGCAGCUGUGACGUCUCGCCGGCUUUCUCAAACUUUGAGUUGUAUAACAUGAUCCGUCUGGGCGUCCACCUCAGCCCCAGCUCCACCGCCUGGAUGAGGCCGCUCAAGUUCGACUACAGUGACUUCACCUUCAGCCCCCCCUCUGUCUCGGUCUCUUUGAAAGAAGACCAUCUCACGGUGAAGGUGCAGUUCCCCUGUGCCGCCAACAGGAGGUGCUCUCUGGGACGCUGCUGUCCCAUCUCUGAACUGAUCCACCCAUGGACCACUGUGACUGUGUACAACAAGCAAAAUCACUCUGAGUACCAGAGACGUACGGUUUGGACCCAGGAGGCGGUGUCCCACGUGGAGUUCUCCGGCUUGGCUGCGGGUCAGAAUUACUGCGCUGUGGCCAACUUCUCCUUCCCAACGUUCUCCAUGGCGGCUUCUCCAAAGUCUUCCCCUCAGUGCGUCCAGACCGUUUCCCAAUCAGUGCUGCUGCCCGCGGUGUGUCUGGGAAUCGGACUGACUUCUCUGCUCCUUGUUCCUCUCCUCGCUGCAUUUCUGAAAAGACCUAAACACACUGCAUUAACCUCUGAAAAUCAACCUGAGACUCUGGCCUCUGUUCAGGAUCCAGACUCUUUGGUUCCUCUUUCCCCGGUCCCUGUGGACCCUUGUGACAUCCAGCUGGAGUUUGACGAUACAUAGACGAUCUCUACACUGCUGAGACUUGAGAGGUUUGGAUGAACCCAUCUUGAUCACUUUGGGGGGAAGAAACGCUGAGCUAAUCCCAGGAUGCAGUGACGAGCCCUGUCAACAUGACGAAAUAAAGUCAGCUGAUGUGAAGGAGAAUAAUGUCUGAGGUAGGUGGACAAAGGCAGGAUUUUACGCACAGUCGAACUCCUGUGAGACAGACUUGGAUUUAAAUUCUCCAUCCUAUCCUUCUCCAACAAGGAGCAAACCUUGACACACGGUAUCAUAAUCCCAGCUAUGUCUCUACUAAGGGUAACUAUGGGACACAUAGAAGACCCAUCUGAGUGUUGUUCAAUAAGGGUAUUCAUUGGGGGUCUGAAAGGCUUCUCCACGUCCAUGUGAAGUUUUAAAAGGAGAAGGGAGUUACG